AGGCCCUCUUCUUCUUAUCCUUGUGCUUCUUUCAUACUCUUCCACACUCACGACAGCCUCACUGCCAUCAUCACAAUGAAGGUCCUCCUCCUCGCCGGCGACUUUAUCGAAGACUACGAGCUCUACGCGCCUCUCCAGGCGCUCGAGAUGCUCGGCAUCGACGUGCACAUCAUCUGCCCCGACAAGAAGGCGGGCGAGGGCAUCCAGACCGCGCUGCAUAUCCUCGAGCCGGGACGCCAGACGUACUCUGAGCGUCCGGGCCACCCCUUCGACAUCACGCACGACUUCAACGAGGCCGCCGCCAACCUCGGCCAGUACGCCGGCCUCGUCGUCCCCGGCGGCCGCUUCCCCGAGUACCAGCGCUACGACAACCGCGUCCUCGACAUCAUCCGCGCCUUCUUCAAGGACAACCGCCCCGUCGCCGCCCUCUGCCACGGCCUCCAGCUCCUCGCCGCCGCUGACGUCCUCAAGGGCCGCGAGUGCUCGGCGUUCCCCAUGUGUAAGCUCGACGUCGAGGCCGCCGGCGCCAAGUACGUCGACUUUGAGGCCUUCAGCAAGAGCGUCCACGUCCAGGGCAACCUUGUGUCCGCGCCGGCUUACCCCGCGAUCGGCGUCUGGCUCGGAAAGUUCAUCCAGAUCUUGGGCGUUAAGGUCUCUGUCCCGUAAGCAGAGAGGUUGAAAGAAUUAUGCACGUCCGCCCGCACGUCCCCAGCGAGAGAUAGGGGGCGAGGUAGCCGUACGUAGCCAAGUGAUGCAGAAUGUGGGGCAGUCUGG